GAAUCGCAAACCGCCUGCUUCGAAUCGCAUGCCACUACGAUCGAAUGCGUGUAACCAUGGUAGAAUCGCGUUCCACUACGGUCGAAUCUUGUGCCACUACGAUCGAAUCGUGCUGCUACCAUUGGAUUUCUGAAAGGUAGAGCAUAGUAAACGUUAGUAGUUUGUUUACGUUUGAAGAGCUGCUUCUUUCUUCGCUGACGGCAAUUCAUUUGUAAAAUUCUAAUGAAAUGUAAUUUUUCACUGACUACUCGUAAAAUCCUUGUUAUCAACGAAUAUUUAUGGUUCCUUGUUGGCGAUGAAAAUUGGGAUAAGCCCACCUAUAUAUUAUAUCAACUUAGAUAGCUGCUCGAAAACUGCCAUACAAUGCAAACAGCUGACAGGCUGAAAUUUCAGCCAACCAACUUACAACGGAAAGGGCCCCAUUUGUAGAUUUUAUCCAUAAUCAAUGAAUAUCAGAAUAACCAUUAGUAUUUUAGAAACGAAUUGCUAUCGGCGAAGAAAGAAGCAGCUUUCAAACGUAAACAAAGAGUUAGUGUUAGGAUAGCUCGAACGAACUCGGCCUGCGAUUGUAAACGCGUGAAGUAGCAGGUCGUUAGCGGAAGAGAGGAACAGGAAACACGAUUAUCCGGGCGGAUUGGAUCGGUCUCUUGAUCGGUGAACGCCAUACAAGUCGGACGUGUUUUUAAACCUAGUGCUAAAAUAAAAUAAAGUUAAAGGUUCUAAAAAAGUCCUAAAGUCGUUUACCGGGAGCCGCAACAUUUUUAAAAACACUCUAACUACACGCGACAGUAUAUACAUACGCGUUAUUAGUGAAGUGAAAUCAACACCAAGCCAAGCAUCACGAUGAACACCGCACCACAGCACAGCAUCUCGGCAACGGAUGGCACGCGUGACGAAUCCGGUAAGGUAGGACAAAGCUCCACUACCACAAUCUCAGCGGUCACAGAAGUGCGCGAAGAACCGUGCGACGAAGCGAGUGGAAGUAUGCAGCAAGGCAAGGUGCGUGCCACGGUGGCGAGAAGCACAACCUCGUCAUCGAGUAAGGCAGAAACCAUGAGGAAGCUUAACCUCUACAAGCAAAAGGAGAUCGAUCUGCGACGCCAGUUGAUCGAACUCGAGCUAGAAUCAGUAAAGUUGCAACAAUCGAGGAUCGAGCAGGACAUGGAAGAGGAGAUAGAUGAAGAGGAAGAAGUCCAUUCUAUCACGGAUGCGGCCUACACAUCGACGCUGAUCGAUUACGCUGUACCGAGGAUGGACCAACGAGAGCAGCCGAAGGACGUUGACCUAGCGAAACUGAGUAGCACUCGAUACGCUACAAUGCUGAGUAAUGAGGAUACGAGUGCCGAUCGUCGCAGCAAAAACGACCUCAACGCAGCUACGAGUAAUGCACCGGUACCCGAGAAACCAGCGGAGCAGCAAGAUGCAGUACAGCCAGCAGAACCCGGCUGACCGGUCUGGUACAGCUGCCCGAUAUUCAACAAUAACAAUUCUAUGGAAUACAAUGGAUGGUCGGUCACUGGUUUGCUUAGAUGGAUUCAACCGAACCAGGCUGUUGUCCGGCGUGAUGGCGUGCCGUCCAAGAUUUGGCAAAAACAAUUCCAUGGAAUUCAAUGCCAUGGUAAACAAGUGUGAUCGUAUAAGUGACGAUCGCACACAUAGCACUGCAACGGGUGGGCUGGUGGCAACCUGAGCUAUCAGGAUCAGUCGCUUUUGGUGUAGCAAGCGGACAGCAUCGUCGCAGAACAAGCACGGAAGUGGUUUAGAAAGAUGGCAGGUUGGACAGUUGAGAACAAUUUGGAGUGUGCCCUGGAAGUGCGUAGUGGGAGCAAGGAAAAAGAUUACAAGGGGGAUUUUCUGGCCGGUUCUUGGCCGCUUAAACCAUUUUCGGAAGAGCUUCCUAUCCACGAGCGGAAAGCAGAGUGGGCGCGUUUUAAAGGACAAUAUGAGAGAAUAGUGAUGUGUAAAGGAAAAGUGAAUUCGGAAAUGAAGUUGAUAGCUUUGAAAGUAUUUGCUGGAAGCUAUCUGCUAAACAUUAUAGAAAUGCAGGAAAGACGAGUGAAAAGUGGUGAAGGGGACGUGUAUACAGAAACAGUGAAAGGGGUAGACGAUUUUUUCAACGGCAUAUGUGAUGAGGGAAAAGAAAGGAUGAAGCUGAGAGAAAUGAAAAUGGAAGCUGAUGAAACAUUUGGUGAUUGGGUGUUAAGAUUAGAAGCUCAAGUGAAAUUCUGUGGUCUGCCAGAAGAACAGAAAACUGAAGAGUUAGUGCAAGCUGUGCUGCGACGUUCGGUUCCCCAGAUUGCCGAAAAAUUGUUUGAAAUGGCAGAUUUAUUUGGGAAUGAAUUGGACAAAUUAGUAAAGCAUGGUAAACACCUUGAUUUCGUAAGAAUGGAAAAGAGAGAGAUAGAACAAAAGCUUGCCAAAAGCACGACAAAAGAAUUUACAGAUAGCGAUAAUUAUGUAGCGGCAGUGACUUCGUGGAGAAUGAAAAGGGAACAAUAUGAGCCGUACGAACAACAACAAAACAAGAGACUAUCGGGAAUGCAUCCAAACGGUUUUUGGAACACGUAUAAUAAGGUAGCAACGAAAUGCUCAAAGUGUGACAAAAUACAUGGCUUGGGGAAGUGUGGAGCAUCCAGAUCAAAAUGCUUCCGGUGCGGUGCCAUAGGACAUCUGGCAAUUUGUUGCAGAACCAGAUUGGGAUCAAAUCGAUUUCUAAAUGUGGUGAAGAAGCAGACCGAGGACAUUAAUCAGGUGGUAAUAGGAGACCCCGCUGCAGAACGUUUUCCGGCGAACGAGGAAGGCAUGCAGUAACCAACGAUCCAAGGUGCAUUAACUGCAUGAUCGGAAAUGUGCCUAUCAUUUUC